AUGUUAAAUGGAAACUCAAAACGAAACAAUACAUUACCAGCAAUUGAAAUUUUACAGAGAAAUGUUAAGAAGACUCCGACAUUCUACUCGAGAAAACCCCGGGACAUACCUUUCCAUCUGCCACACAAAAAGUUAUUAGAAAAGAUAGAAUUUGUAAAACCUGAACCAGAACCAUUGACUGGAUUUAUUACUGCUCAAGAGCAACGAUUUAAAAAUGAACGUAAAAUACCAAUUUUACAAUUGGAGCCAACAAAAGUUGAAGAAGAAAAAAGGAGAAAAAUAAAAAUUAAAAGUUUUAGUAUAGAUGAAUUUCAUACAAAAGAUCCCCUAAAAGUGAAACCUGAAGUUGCAUCACAAAAGGAAGUUAUUGACUAUGUAAAAAAUAAUCCUUCAAGUGGUUUCCUUUAUAUGAUAUAUGCAGUCCAUCCUGAAAAUGUUUUUUUCACCCCUUAUUAUCUAAAAGUGGUUCCUUAUGAAGAGAUUGAUAAAAAAAAUUAUCUCACUAUCAGCCCUUGUGGAGUUACACAUUACACCAAUGAAAUGGUAUUCACAAAAUUACAAGCUUGGGAGCAAGAAUAUACUAUAUUUGUGAAACUUACUGAUAUAAAAUUCUUCAGUGUGUAUAGAUAUUGGAAGGCAUUUUAUGUCUGGCGUAAAUCAAUAUUAUUCAGAAAAUAUAGCAAAACUCGUAUGAAAAUCGCAAAGAACCUGUUUAUUCUUACACCUGUUCUUGGCAAGGCUUUACUUAGUAUCCAGGCAAUGUGUUGUGAGAUGUAUAUGAAAAGCUUUGCCGAUUUGUCCAGAGAUAUGGACACUGCAUUCUUUUACUUCAUAGAAGUUCAGAUGAAACAAAUUGAAUAUAUGCGAGAUAAGCUCAAUGAAUUUCGCUCAGUAGUUUUGGAAAUUAUUGUUCAAGCAUGUCACACGGCUCUUUAUCAAAAAGGUUUCUUAUACGACGAUCGGAAUAUACCACCUUUUCAAAUAAUUAGGGGUAAACCUACUGGUGGAAUGUCAUAUACAGAAAAGGCGAAUAAGAGGAAAUAUUGUGAAAGAUUAGCGAGCUUCAUCAAGGUUACGGAUUACAUGACCAAUUAUAUGCUGUACCGGCUUACGAAGCGGUCUAACGCUAUGAUGGCUGGAAUGUUACGCAAGCAUAUCGAAUUCACUCCUGACAGUGCUCUCCUGUCUGGCACUGAGGUUGACGAAGUACUGGAAGUUGUUCCGCGUGACACCGAAACGUGCAAGUGGGCUUUAUUCCAAGUGGAUGCUUAUGUUUUACAAAAUGGUGAAGUGGAAUUAAACCCCAGUCAAAAAGUGAUAUCCUCAUAUUUAGAAAAGAUCACAAACUAUUGGGACGAAUACGUACGAACGUUCCAUAACUUUCUGAACGAAGAAUCUUUGCAAAUAUUUGUCCAACCCACCAUCAUGGGCAAGCAAGUGGAAUGGUCUGCUGGGGUAACGCCCAAUUUAUAUUUCCUCAUGAAUCAAGAUAAGACGAUGUUGGAUGAUAUUGCUUUUAUUCCACAUUCUGUAAAUUUUGCCUACGAAUGUGUGUGGACGUUCUUGCAAAGAAUGCAAGGUUUCAUGGAGAACUUUAAAGAGGCUCACGAAAUGGAUGUGGAUCUCAUUAAAGCGGAAAGGGACGUAGCCGAAUUUCGAAAGCUUUGCGACAAAUUUAACAAACAAAUGGAGUCUAUCGAAGAUGUUGUCAGCUAUCAGCCGCUUGGUCUUUUAUUCUUGUGUUUGUGUCCUUUCCAAGAGUUGUUCAGACCACAACCCAGAAGAUUAUUCGAUGUUGUUCUAAAUGUUACACCGGACAUCGGACACGAUUGCAUCGCGGAGAUCGUCAGCGGUAUAGAAAACAUAACAGAGGACAUAACCAAGGAGCCGGAAAGUGCCGGGGAGUUGGUCGCCUUCAAUUUCCUGAUGGACGGGCUGGAACUGCGAGUGGUAUACCUAGAGGAACGAUUGGAGUACUUGCGGGAGUUAUACGACUUGAUGGGUGAAUUCAAUAUACCCAUACCGCCGGAUGACAUGACUGAUUAUUUAGGACUUAGCGUCGCACUUGGUACUCUGAGAACGAACGUAGACGCUCGCUUAGAGACGCGGAGCAAACUGGCGGGCUUGUUCGCCAGUCAGAUCGGUAAAGAUAUAAUGGACCUUAUCAUGGACGUCAAUAAGCUAAGGGAUGAAGUUAUGGCACCGUGGUUGUUUGAUAUAAAAUCGGAUAUGGAUAAAGCAUUGGAAACCUUGAGUGAGCUGCAAGAGAAACUACAGGCGUGCUCCGCCAGGGACAAGCAAAUACGCGAGUGGCAGAAGAUAUUCAAAAUACCUCCAGCUAGAUUGGAGACGUUGGACGAAACAAUUACCGACGUCAAAUUAAGACAACUGCUGUGGAAAUCCUCGAAAGAGUGGAAUGAUUUAUUUCAGACAUGGUAUGAAGUGCCAUUCAAUACUUUAGAUAUGGACGACAUACAGACAACAACUAUUAACUAUGGAAAGAUAUUCAAUCAAUUGGACAAAGGUUUGCCGCCUAACAAGAUUGUUCCUAAAUGCAAAGAGACAAUAGAUAUUAUAAAAGAAAAGAUACCGGUGAUGUCGUAUUUACGUAACCCAGCUUUGAAGCCGCGGCACUGGGUCAAGAUUGAGGAGAUCUUACACACGCGUUUCACGCCCGAAAUGGUGGUGACUUUAGGUUUGCUAGAGGAGUUGCAUGCCUUCCAACACGCCGAGGAACUGAUGGAAGUCGCCGGUCAGGCCAGCUCUGAGGCUGGAUUGGAGGCUUUACUGAAAAAGGUGGAAGAGAUGUGGGCCGCGUUAGAGUUCCCAGUAUUAUUGCACAAGGACGCCCGCGAUGUUUACGUACUCGGGGGUCUUGAGGAGAUCCAAGCGGCGUUGGAUGAAAGCAAUAUCCACAUCAGCACCAUACUCAGCUCCAGAAGCUGCGGGCCCAUCAAGAGCAGGGUCGAAGAGUGGUACAAGAAUCUGGACUUGUUCUCUAAAACAUUGGAAGAAUGGUAUGCUUGCCAACAAACAUGGAUGUACUUGGAAGUUAUAUUUUCGGCUCCCGACAUUCAGAGGCAACUGCCGAAUGAGACUAGGCUCUUCACUAUUGUUGAUAAAUCAUGGAAGGAUAUUAUGCGUAAAUUAGCAAAGGUACCGUUGGCUAUGCCUGCUGCCACACAGCCGAAGUUAUAUGAAGAGUUUGUCCGCAACAAUGAAAUGUUAGAUCAAAUUAUGAAGUGUCUCGAGGCUUAUCUGGAGACGAAGCGUGUAGCGUUCCCGAGAUUCUUCUUUUUGUCUAAUGAUGAAUUACUGGAGAUUUUGGCUCAGACUCGCAAUCCACACGCAGUACAACCUCAUCUGAGGAAGUGUUUCGACGCGAUAGCCAAACUGGAGUUCGGUGUGAAACUGCCAGAGAGUGAAAUGGAGAUAACGGAAGACGGGACUUUGGUCGAAAAGGAGAUGUCGUUCAACACUAGGGACAUGCUGCAGGCUAAACUAGCGAAGACGGCGAAACCGGAAGACCUCACCACAGAUAUUAUAGCGAUGUUGUCGCCGGAAGGAGAACGGAUUAACUUGGGGAAAGGACUGAAAGCUCGAGGGAAUGUUGAAGAUUGGCUAGGCAAAGUUGAGGAAGCAAUGUUCGCUUCGGUCAAGCGUUGCAUGAAACAUGCCCUCAAAGACUAUUUGUCACGACCACGUGUUGAUUGGGUUCAACUACAUGCAAAUCAGAUCGUGUUAUCAGUUUCACAAAUAAUGUGGGCUAAGGGAGUUCACGAGAUAUUUAGCUUAGAGAUACCCCUUCGUAUCGACACUGGCCUUUUGAGCUACGAGAAGAAAUGUAUAGCGGACUUGAAUGACUUAGCGGCGCUCACACGAAAAGACUUGUCUUCGCUAUUUAGGAAGGUAUUAUGCGCGUUGAUCACUGUGGAUGUGCACGCUAGAGAUACAAUUCAACAUAUGGUGGAAAAACAUGUUCAGAGAGCAAAUGACUUCGAAUGGCUUAAAAUGAUCCGGUAUUAUUGGGAGGAAGAUAUUGACAAUUGCGUGGCACGCAUGUCCAGUGCGAUGUACAUCUACGGCCAUGAGUAUUUGGGCGCCGGCGGCGUGCUAGUAAUAACUCCCCUUACGGAUCGCUGCUACCUUUGUCUGAUGGGGGCUCUACAGUUAGACUUGGGCGGAGCACCCGCAGGCCCCGCCGGCACCGGCAAGACUGAGACCACCAAGGACUUGGCCAAAUCUCUCGCCAUACAGUGCGUCGUGUUCAACUGCUCUGAAGGUCUGGACUACAAAAUGAUGGGACGUUUCUUCUCGGGCUUGGCCACUUCGGGUGCGUGGUGUUGCUUCGACGAGUUUAACCGAAUCGACAUUGAAGUGCUCUCCGUCAUAGCACAGCAACUUAUCACAAUACGGAACGCUAAAGUAGCAAAGCAAUCGAGGUUCAUGUUCGAAGGUCGUGAGAUAAAGCUAGUCCGCACUUGUGCCGCGUUCAUUACUAUGAACCCGGGCUAUGCGGGCAGGACGGAGCUGCCAGACAACUUGAAGGCACUUUUCAGGCCUAUAUCCAUGAUGGUGCCGGACUAUGCUCUCAUCGCGGAAGUGAUCCUGUACUCUGAAGGGUUCGAGUCGUCGAAAGGUCUCGCUAAGAAGAUGGUUCAAAUGUACAAACUAUCUAGCGAACAGCUCUCGAAACAAGAUCAUUACGAUUUCGGCAUGAGGGCCGUCAAGAGCGUGCUGGUUAUGGCUGGAGCCCUAAAGCGGGCUAGCCCCGAUCAGCACGAAGAGAUGACCCUACUGUGCGCCCUCAACGACAGCAACCUACCGAAGUUCCUCGCGGCCGACGCGGUGUUGUUCGCGGGCAUCUUGUCCGACCUCUUCCCCGGGGUCAGCUUACCAUACCGCGAUUACGGCGUCAUGGAAGAAGUGAUAAAAAUAAUGCUGAGGGAAAAGAAAUUGCAAAUCGAAGUGCCCCAAAUUCGUAAAGUGAUACAAUUGCACGAGACAAUGAUCGUGCGCUGGGGCGUGAUGUUGGUGGGGCCGACUGGUGGCGGCAAAACUGUGGUAUUGCAUAUAUUAGGCGAUACGUAUACACGACUCUACGAGGAUGGCGUAGAAGGGCCACAGUAUCAACCCGUCCACAAAUACAUAAUGAACCCGAAGAGCUUGACCAUCGGCGAACUGUACGGCGAAGUCAACUUGCAAACUCUAGAAUGGCACGACGGCAUACUACCUCUGUCCUUGAGAACUGCAGUGCAGUGCGAGAAAGCUGACCACCAGUGGUUGAUAUGCGAUGGCCCCGUGGACGCUGUCUGGAUCGAAAACAUGAAUACAGUGUUAGAUGAUAACAAAAUGCUAUGUCUCUCCAACUCUGAGCGUAUCAAGCUCACCCCUUACGUGCAUAUGGUUUUUGAGGUUGCGGAUCUGGCCCAAGCCUCGCCAGCUACAGUGUCUCGAUGCGGCAUGGUGUACAUAGACCCGCAUGAGAUAGGCUACCUCCCGUACAUACGAUCUUGGCUGGAAGAGGGCGUAGAGAAGAACCUAUUCAACCAGGAGAACUCGGAGUUCCUUUACGAACUCUUCAAGAUGCUGGAUGUGGGAGUGAAAUAUGUCAACUCUAAGUGUAGUGUCGGAAUCAGACAGGUGGACAUCAGCAAAAUAUCAGCACUGUGUUACCUAUUGAGUGCUUUACUCUCAGAGCCCGGGGAAAGAUUUCCUGAGAAGGCCGCCAUCAAAAUGUACAUUGCUCACUGCUUCAUAUUUUGUUAUAUCUGGUGCAUCGGAGGUAACAUACUGGAAUCUAAUAGAAAAGGCUUUGAGGAAGUUGUCAAGCGCCAGUUCGAAGAGUUUGAGGAAGCCGAAUAUUUUCCACAAGGUUUCAACUUCUUCGAUAUGUACAUGGACACGAGACAGCGCAGGCUGAAAGCGUGGGGGGAGAUAAUACCAGAUUUCCUGUACGAUUGCAACAGGCCCUUCUUCGAGACAUUGGUUCCAACCAUAGACACAGUUCGCUAUGGAUACUUGUUCGAGAAACUUUUGAACAGUGGGAAACCUGUUAUGUUUACAGGAAACACAGGUGUCGGCAAAACCUGCAUAGCAGCUGAAGUGCUCAACAAGUUGGCGGUGUCUGGUUAUUUUAUACCGAUUAUAUUGAAUUUUUCUGCGCAAACAAGCAGCACAAGGACCCAAGAAGUGAUAGAACUCCGCCUAGAGAAGAGACCACGCAAGGCGAUCGGCGCCCCGCUCGGAAAGAAAGUGGUUAUUUUUAUCGAUGACGUGAACAUGCCUAAAUUGGACGUCUAUGGAGCACAGCCUACGAUCGAAUUGUUGAGACAAUUUCUCGACUUCGGCGGCGUAUAUGACCGUGACAAAUUAUAUUGGAAAGAUAUUCUGGAUGUAGUAUUAUGUUGCGCUUGCGCACCUCCCGGUGGCGGACGAAAUCCGCUCACAGCUCGCUUCGUGAGGCACUUCGCCAUGUUUUACAUAUCCGCACCCAAUUCUGAUGCCAUGAAAACUAUAUUCAAGGCUAUACUAAAAGGGCACAUGGAAGAUUUUGUCCCCGAAGUAUCAGUACUGGGCGAUCCGAUUGUGAACGCGGCAGUGGAAGUAUAUUUAAAGAUUUGCGCGGAACUUUUGCCGACGCCCGCUAAAUCGCAUUACGUAUUCAAUUUACGCGACCUGUCCAAGUCGAUGCAAGGCGUACUGCAAGCUGAUGCCGCGUACAUGCGAUUGCCACAGGCGAUGCUCAGAUUGUUCUAUCAUGAAUGUCUUCGAGUAUUCCAUGAUCGCUUGAUCAACAUAGAGGACAAGAGCUACUUCUAUCAAUUAAUGAGUAACGUGUGCCAGAAGCAUUUCCAACAACCGAUUUUGGACAUUCCCGAGGAUCCUAUAAUUGAACACCCUCCGCUUCUACUCUUUGGAGAUUUCUUAAAUUCCGCUGUACCUAAAGAAAACAGAGUUUAUGCAGAGAUUCCAGAUGUGCAGAAGUUAAUGGUUGUUUUAAAGGAGUACCUCGAAGAGUACAACUCGACAGCUCGCGCGGAAAUGCACCUAGUGUUGUUUCAAGAUGCGGUGGAGCACGUGGUGCGUGUGGCGCGCGUGCUGCGGGCCGAACGCGGCCACAGUCUGAUGGUCGGCCCCGGCGGCUCGGGCCGCAGGAGCGUCGCCACGCUCGCCGGCCACGUCAACGAGUGCAGAUGUAUGGGCAUGGAGUUAAAGCGAAACUACGAUACGGCGGAGUUCCACGACGACUUGCGAAGGAUGUACAUGCGCGCCGGAGUCAACUACGAGGACACUGUGUUCCUAUUCACCGACACGCAGAUCACCAAGGAGGAGUUCUUGGAGGACAUUAAUAAUAUGCUUAAUUCCGGCGAAGUGCCGAACCUCUUCGAAGGCGACACGUACGAACAAGUUCAGACCGGGUGCCGCAACGAGGCGGGCAAGUGCGGCCUCAACCCGGCCGACAGAGACGGCGUCUACUACUUCUUCAUUAACCGUGUGCGCUCGAAGCUGCAUCUCUGCAUAUGUAUGAGCCCCGUCGGCGAGGCUUUCAGGCGACGAUGCAGAAUGUUCCCAUCGCUGGUGAACUGUUGCACUAUCGACUGGUUCACAAAAUGGCCACCAGAGGCGCUGCUGUCAGUGGCUGAACAAUGCCUGAUGCCCAUGGGUGAUCAGAAAAUAAUAAAGAAGAUAUCUCAGCUCUGCGUUUCUAUGCAUGGAGACGUAGACAUAAUGACUGAUCGACUAUACCAAGAGAUGCGGCGAUACUUCUACACUACGCCGAGCAGCUAUCUCGAUUUACUCAAGCUUUACCUGAAUCUUCUGGACAAAAAACAACAAGAGAUCAUUCGAGGCAGGGAUAGGAUUUCUUGUGGUUUACAGAAACUGUACGAAACCUAUGAAGUAGUAGGCGUAAUGGAGCAACAGGUGCGCGAUAUGGAACCGAUACUGGCGCGUAAAGCGGAAGAGGGCAUCGCACUCGUUAACCGACUGAAGGUGGAACAGAAGGCCGCAGAUGAGGUCAAGCAGGCUGUUAUGAAGGACGAAGCCGCUGCUAAGAUAAAAGCAGAAGAGGUGAAGCAAAUAGCGGACGAGGCCAAGGCCGACCUUGCGAUGGCUAUGCCCGCAAUGGAGGCCGCGCAGAAUGCGCUCAAAGCCCUCAACAAGGCCGACAUCAACGAGCUGAAGGCCUUCCAAAAACCACCGGCCUUGGUUCGCUUUGUCAUGGAACCCGUGUGCAUAUUGCUCGGAGCGAAGCCUGACUGGGAUUCGACAAAGAAACUUUUAGCCGAUGUGAACUUCAUACGCAAUCUGGCAGAGUAUGACAAAGACCACAUACCUGACGCUACCCUCAAAAAAAUUAAAGUGUAUCUCACUCACAAGGAUUUUAACCCAGAUACAGUUGUGAAAGUCUCUAAGGUGUGUAGAUCUAUGGUCCUAUGGGUGCAAGCAAUUGAUAUGUACGCUAAAGUCUUCAAAGUAGUGGAGCCUAAGAUCCUUGCCCAUAAAGAAGCAGCAGCCAUAUUGAAGAGCGUAAUGGCUGUGUUAAGAGCAAAGCAAAAAGAAGUAGAAGCGAUUGAAGCGCAACUAGCUAAAAUGAUGGAUGAAUUGAGGGUGGUGGAAGAAGAGCGUAUCAAGCUGCAAGCAGACGUUGACCUGGCGGCGGCACGUCUGUCCCGCGCCGGGAAACUGACCCAAGCUCUGGCGGACGAGAAAACUCGCUGGGAAGAGAGCGUUAAGGCUGCAACGCACAAAUUAUACUGCACGACCGGCGACAUCGUAAUAGCUUCCGGCUGCAUCGCGUACUUCGGUGCGUUUCCCUCGCACUACCGCCGCGAGCUCGAGCGGAAGUGGAUAGAGGAAUGUAACGUGCUGGAAAUCCCUUCUUCAGACUCUUUCGACCUGAUAUCCAUAAUGGCUGAUUCGUACACGGUGCGCACGUGGAACUCGCAGGGGCUGCCUCGCGACGCGGUGUCCACGGAGAACGGUAUACUGGUGACGCGCGCCGGCCGCUGGCCUCUAACCAUCGACCCUCAGGAACAGGCAAACAGAUGGAUAAAGAACAUGGAGCGAGACAACGGACUGGUGAUCACCAAGCUGAACGACCCGAGCUAUCUCCGUAUGUUGGAGAACUGCAUCCGGCUCGGCUGGCCAAUGCUCAUUGAAGAUCUCGGGGAAACGCUCGAAGCCACCCUAGCGCCUGUUCUCUUGAAGCAGACGUUCUUGCAGGCGGGUCGUCUGCUAAUCCAUCUUGGCGACAGCGAUAUCGAGUACGACACAAAUUUUCGCCUAUACCUGACCACCAAGCUGGCCAACCCCCAUUACCUGCCUGAGAUCUGCAUCCAGGUCACGCUGGUUAACUUCACCGUCACUCUGUCCGGCCUGGAGGACCAACUGUUGGCUGACGUCGUACGCCUGGAGCGACCGGACCUUGAGCUUCUUCGUACUGAUCUGAUCAUGCGUAUCAACGCGGACAAGGCGACUUUACUCGAGAUAGAAGAUAAGAUACUGCGCCUACUAUACGCAUCUUCUGGGAACAUCCUGGACGAUGAGGAACUGAUCGAAACUCUUAAUGAGAGUAAGGAAACCUCUGAAAUCAUCAACGCUCGCCUGGAGGAAACGGAAGCGACUGAAAUCAGCAUAUCAGCGGCCCGGGAGAAGUACAGGACCGUAGCGACCAGGGGUGCCGUGUUGUAUUUCGCGGUGGCCCAACUGGCCGACAUAGACCCUAUGUACCAGUUCUCCUUGAAAUACUUCAAUCAGGUGUUCAACGCUGUGAUAGAGAAAAGCGAGAAAUGCGAUGUCCUCGAGACUCGCCUGGAUAUCCUCCAUCGAGAGAUCACACUAUCCGUAUACCGGAACGUAUCUAGAGGGCUGUUCGAGAGACACAAGCUGGUGUUCAGUUUCCUUUUAAACAUGGCUAUUUACCUGAACGCUGGUCUGGUAACUCCCGAACAGUGGAAUUUUAUAUUGCGAGGACCCGCCGGCACCAAAGUGGUACCGCCCAAGAAGCCGAUGGUCGACACUCUCUCUGAACAGAUGUGGUUGUGCGUGCACCAUUUGCAAGAGACAGACGAGAGCUUCGCUGGAUUGGUCGAUGACUGUCUCAAGAAGAUACCGAUCACAGUCGGAUCAUUCAGUGUGGUUAUACAUGUAGACAAAAGAGAAAAUACCCCACCAACUAUUGAUUGGGAUUCUAAAUUAUCUAUAUUCGAAAAGUUAAUGAUAAUAAAGAGUAUUAAGGAAGAGAAGUUGGUUUUCGCCAUCGCCCAAUACGUAAGCGUUAGUCUUGGAGCGGUAUUCAUUGAAAGCCCGACGGUACAACUGAACACUCUAUACGCUGAUACAGCAUCGAAUAUCCCAUUGGUAUUUGUUCUAAGUACCGGUUCAGAUCCAUUUGGAGCGUUUCAAAAAUUUGCUAUUGAAAUGGGUUACCGUGAACGUCUGAAUUCUAUUUCUCUGGGACAAGGUCAGGGUCCUGUUGCUGAAAAAAUUAUCAACAAUGCGAAACCAAAGGGAGAUUGGAUUUUCUUACAGAAUUGCCAUUUAGCUGCGUCAUGGAUGCUUAGUUUGGAGUUAAUAGUUGCAAAUCUAUCGAGUGAACAUGGAACUCCUCAUCCAGAUUUUAGACUGUAUUUAAGUUCUAUGCCUACACCAAAAUUUCCUGUAUCCGUUCUGCAGAAUUCUGUAAAAGUUACCAAUGAACCACCUAAAGGAUUAAAAGCAAACGUUAAAAGAGCUCUUAUCGAAAUGGAAGAAGAUUUUUUUGAAAAUCAUGUGCUAGGACAAGACUGGCGGACAAUGCUCUUUGGAAUUUGCAUGUUUCAUGCUAUUAUACAGGAACGAAAAAAGUUUGGUCCAUUAGGCUGGAAUAUUACAUAUGAAUUCAAUAACAGUGAUAGAGAAUGUGCUAUGUUAAAUUUGCAAAUGUUCUGCGAAGACGGACAUAUACCAUGGGAUGCUUUAGAGUACAUAACAAGUUCCAUAACUUAUGGUGGUCGUGUAACCGACAUGUGGGAUCAACGUUGCUUGACAACUAUACUGAAACUAUUUUUUUCACCUCCUACUUUAGAAGAAGGGUAUACUUAUUCUCGUUCAGGAAAAUAUUUUUGUCCGAGGGCAGAGAAAUUGGAAGUUUAUGGAGAAUAUAUAGAAACUUUACCAGUCAUUGAAGACCCUGAAGUAUUUGGUAUGCAUGAAAAUGCUAACAUAGCUUUUGAGAACAAGGAAACAACUACUUUAAUUCAAACAAUAGUUGACGUUCAGCCACGAACUGGUGGAAGUGGCGGUGGUGAUACACCGGAUCAGAUUGUAUGGCGAAUUUGCGAUCAGACACGAGUAGUUGUACCCACGAAAGUUGACAAAUCGCAAGUUAAUCCUGAUCUUAUGAUACUUGAUGAUAUGGGGCAAUUAAAUUCGUUGACCACUGUUCUAUUACAUGAAACUGACAGAUUCAAUACUUUACUUGGGCUUAUACAUUCAUCACUAAAUGAUCUUCAAAAAGCUAUCAAGGGAAUAGUCGUCAUGUCAGAAGCCUUUGAAGAAGUUUUCACAUCGUUCCUAAAUAAUAAAGUACCAGCAAUGUGGCAUAAAAAAGGUUACAAUUCCUUGAAGUCCCUAGGCAGCUGGAUCCAUGAUCUAACACUAAGAGUUGACUUCAUAGAGAAAUGGCUUUUGGAUGGUAAACAACCGAGCAGCUGGGUGUCUGGUCUCUUCUUUCCCCAGGGACUAUUAACUGGGUCACUACAAUCAUAUGCACGACGCUACAGGGUGCCUAUUGAUGCACUUAUGUUUGACUUUCAUCCUAUUCGUUUCUUCUUAUCUCAAGACGACGUUUGCAAAGCUAACAAAAAGAAAAAGGAAGAAGGCGUGAGCGUUUAUGGGGAGCUGACGGUUCCAGAGGAUGGAGUGAACAUCCACGGCCUGUUCAUAGAUGCUGGUCGUUGGGAUGUGAAUGCGAACUGCCUCGUUGAUGCGCUGCCAGAGUCUGCAAUCUUCGUCUCGCGCGUCGCAGGCGCCGAAGACGCCGCGGCGUGCGGGGAAUCCGCUGACCGAAGUCACUUUGGAGAUCUCGGGUGCGCAUCCCGUAGCACACGGGAUGGUCGUUGGGGUAGAUACCCCCUCUCAACGUCUUCACUCGUCGCCCUCGGCGAGCCCACCGGGUGA